CUCCCCCUCCACCUCCGCCUCCUCCCCCCACAACCCGCAGUGACUUCCUGGCGGCAGCGAAAGCCCUGGUCCCCAACUGCGAGCCCGGAGGAUACUUGAAGCUGGUCUGGCACCUGCAGGCUCUCACCCGAGGCCACACGGGGAGGCCGCUGGACCCCAGGGCCCUCGACCUCGUCGAGGCCAUUUUCUUCUGCAGAUACGGAUCCGCAGAAAACCCUCCGCCUUUGGCUGUGAACAUCUUCCUCGGAGGCGGCCCGGCGCAGCUCGACACUCCGGACACCUGGCCCGGCAUGAGUUAUCCUGGCCUGUUACUACACGACAACACCUCCUCCCCUGAAAGACAGCCAGCUGUCGGCACACCAGCUGGGACCGUGCCACCUGUGUCCUUACCUGAUGGCGCAGUGCCACCUGUUGCCUCGCCGAGCGGGGCAGUGCCACCUGUGGAUGCUCCGGAGGGUGCGCGCCCACCUGUUGCUUUCCCAGGUGUGGCGCUGCAGCCAGGAAUCUUUCCGGCAGGAGACUUGCCUUUGGAAGGCGAAGGGCCUGCUCUGCCUGACUCCGGAGGAGCGUUCCCUCCUCUUGACACUCCCAAAGGGACAGUGCCAACUCUUGGCGCUGCCGAGGGAACAGUUCCAUCGUCAGACGGCACUGAGGGGCCAGUGCAGCCAGUGGACCUCGCCGAGGGACCAUCACCUGCCACGGAUGGCGGUCUGAGUCCAGUGGCCGUGGGAGAAGCAGACGGCGCCAGCGCGGAAGGGCCGAUUCCCGUCACGGAAGCCAAUGAUCGCAACAGGUUCUUCUGCGGAGGCGCCCUCAUCACGCCCAGACACAUCCUCACCGCUGCCCACUGCGUCGCCACACGGAGGCCCGGCAUCAUCCGCCUGGGUGAGAAGGACUUCACGCAGAGCACCGAAUCACAGGCUUUCGACUACCCGGUCCAGAGAGUCUCCAUUCACCCGGAUUACAACUUCAUUAGUAACUACUUUGACAUCGCUGUGAUAGAGCUGAAAGACAAGGUCGAGUUCAACUCCUUCGUGCAGCCCUACUGCCUGCCCGCCGCGCGAGAGGCCUUGGAGGGCCUCAAUUGCACGGUCUCGGGCUGGGGAUCGCGGCCCAACGAAUUCGCCUCGACGCUGCUGGUGAGCCUGGACGUUGAAGUGAAGAGCCUCGCGGAGUGCAACGACCUCUACUCCGCGGCGGAGGACGUUUUCCUGGCCAAAUACCCGCAGGGGCUGGACGCCACUCUGCUCUGCGCCGGCGGCGGCCUCGGCAGGGACGUGUGCAGGGGCGACUCAGGCGGGCCGCUGUUGCUGGACGAGGACGGCAGCGUGACGGAUGUGGGCGUGGUGAGCGCGGGGCUGGGCUGCGGCGACCCUCGGUUCCCGGGCAUCUACACCCGCGUCGACGCCUUCCUCGACUGGCUCGACCGCACGGUGUACGGUGUGUGCGCCCGCGCGGAGUUUGCUCUCCGAGCGGGAGCCAAUCCGGCUCGCUGAUCAGAGAGGACAAUGCCCAAGGACUGGAGCAAAUAAGCACCUCUGAGACACACACACACACACACA